CAAAGCCAAUCUGCCUCACUUGCAGCAGAAAGCACAGAGAAACCGGGGUUUCCUCUCUUAUGCUCUGUGAAGAAUGGCCAUAAAUGGAGGGAUCCCACUGGUUCUUGCUUGCUGCAUCUGGCUACUUCCUAAUGGUUGUGACAGCAGCAGUAGAAUCUUGGUGGUUCCUUUGGAUGGCAGUCACUGGGUCAAUAUGGAGAUCAUCCUGAAGGAACUCCAUUCUCGUGGCCAUAAUCUGACAGUAAUGCUUUCUGCCAAAAGUUGGUACAUUCCAGUUAAGUCCCCAUUCUACACCUCUAUAGUAAUGAAGUCCCUGGAGGAUGACAUUGAUCUGACCUUUUAUGACGAUAUGUUGAAACGGAAUCUCAAGUACCGGAAGAUGGGUUCCUUUUUAAGCUUCAUCUUCCAGCAGUGGGAUCUAACCUCCAUGUUUGCCAUGGGUCAUGGCAUUCUUAGUAAAGCAGCUGCUGAAAUAUUUGACGACCAGGUCUUCAUGGCACAGCUCAGAGAUGCCAAAUAUGACCUGGUACUUACUGACCCAGGUCUUCCAAUUGGGGUUCUCUUUGCCCACUACCUUAACCUACCCAUGGUCUUCAAUGUACGCUGGAUCAACAUAGGAGACAGCCACUUCACUUUUGCCCCCUCCCCGGUCUCUUACAUCCCGUUAACACUCACUGGGCUCUCUGACAGGAUGAACUUUCAGCAGAGGAUUGUGAACAUGAUCUAUUACAUUAUCAGUGUCCUUCAACAGCACCUGGUCCUUGAUCCUCCUUACAGGGAGCUGCUUGAACGACACUUCCCCCCUGGAUCAAGUAUGCUCUCCAUGCAGCAUGCAGCAGACAUUUGGCUACUGCGAGCAGAUUUUGUCUUUGAGUUUCCUCGCCCCACGAUGCCUAAUGUGGUCUACGUGGGCGGCUUCCAGUGCAAACCAUCCAAACCACUCUCUGCUGAGCUGGAGGAGUUUGUCCAGGGCUCAGGAGAGCAUGGGCUGAUUGUCAUGUCAUUAGGAACACUGAUCUCAUCCCUCCCACAAGAGAUUACAGAGGCCAUAGCUGCUGCCUUUGCUGAACUCCCACAGAGAGUGGUGUGGAGGUACAUAGGUGUUAGGCCCUCCACACUUGGCAACAAUACCUUACUGGUAGAAUGGUUUCCUCAGAAUGACCUGUUGGGUCACCCCAAGACCAAAGCAUUUGUGGCUCAUGGAGGCACUAAUGGCAUGUAUGAGGCAGUCUAUCAUGGCAUCCCUGUUUUGGGUUUGCCACUCCUCUUUGAUCAGUAUGACAAUGUCCUCCGUCUUCAGGUUCGAGGAGCAGCUCGGGUAGUUGAGGUGGCUACACUCACUAAAGAUGAGUUCCUGGAUGCACUUAGGGACAUCCUGGAGAACCCUUCAUACCGUAACAAUAUGCAAAGGCUCUCCCGUUUGCACCGUGACCGUUCCAUGUCCCCUAUGGAUAGUGCCAUCUUCUGGAUUGAGUAUGUCAUCAGGCACAAGGGAGCGCCCCACCUGCGCACUGAAGCUUAUAAACUGCCUUGGUACUCUUAUCACAGUUUGGAUGUAGCAGCACUGUUGCUGGUCCUCAUCGGAACCUCACUAUGGGUUUCUUUUACUGUCUGUAGGAUACUCUGCUGUAAGUUCUCAAGUAAGAAGAAGCAGAAGCAGAAUUAAACUAUUUUACACUUAAGACAAUGUCAUUACCUUCAAAUAAGCAAUCAAAACCCCAUACAAACCAACAGUGCACAGUAAAUACAGCAAUUUCACCCUUUCCCUCUUAGUGAAUUUUAUCUGGUUGAACACAGCUUUAAAUAUCAUUUGAUCAGUUUAACCUCCAAACCUAUUAUGGUUUCAAGUAUUUGAUUUGACAAUAGCACCGGCUGAUCCUUUUCUUUUUCAUUAAAAUGUAAUUACUUCAUCAAACAAAGGUUGAACUCAUUUGGAGUGUUUCGACUCCAUGUUAAAUGUGUUCUGUCCAUACUUUGUGUAUAAAGGCUGGGUUGUCUCUCUGCUCCUCUUUUGCCUGUUUUUCCAUGUAUUAAUUCUAUGAUAAUUGUAUUAUUGUAAUAAUCUUGUUAUUGAAUUAGUCUGUACUUUUAAUAGUUCAUUUUGGUAUAUAUGCAGGAAUUCACAGUCAAAAAGAAUUGGCUGAUAAUGCUAGUGAGGUGAGAUCUGUUGGUGAAUGACAAGCAACUUUGUUUCAGUGUGGACAAUAAAAACAAACAUCAAAAACA